AUGGUCCUCAUAGGUACCAUUGCGCGUGUGCCCUCACGUAUUGCUGCCGCACCGGACACCGAGAAAGCGGCAUGGACACUUGCCUGGCCAAUCCUGGCGGAGAUUGCCGGGUCGGUGCUCCGGACCUCACUCGCAACGAAACUCAGGCAGGGUCAGGCGCGCGCCGACAGACUUUGCAGGCACGGGGAGGAAGUGGAUUCAUCCCCGCUUGCUCGCAACGAUAUUCAAAUCGCAUUGGUGCUUGGCGCGUUCAAUUUUUGGCGGGCCCUCGUCGGUCGGUUUCUCGUUGCCAGCUUUGAUUCUACGGGCAUCGCACUAACAACGCUGACGGUGCAAGCAUUCGAGGAAGUACUCUUCAGGCAGACGUUCGAUUGGCGGGACCAAAUGUAUUCUCUCCAGGGGUUUUCCUUUUGCUAAAUCAUUGAGUACCAGCUCCCUUCUUGGCAAGCAUACUUUACGCAUUGACUUGACGUUGACUUUCGGUCUUCUUCUCAAGAGAUGAAGUCCGUACAACUUACUUUUUAUCAAUCGAUGUUCUGUUUUAGUUGGCGGUAGAUAUGAUCAUCAAAGUCGAAAAGAUUUUUGAAUAUGAAAAAUGUGUAGGUACGCCAAGCAUGUGUGCCGGUGGACUGAGGAGCGCAUCGAAAAGGAGUUCAACUCGAAAUCGCCUCGGCAUUUUCAGGCGCAGGUCCUCCUAUCAGAGAUGCAGACUGAGUACGCGGCGAUCGCGCUUGCCCCUCUUUCUAUUCUGAUCUGGUACGACCUUCGAUGGAUUUGGAAUCUUGGUUACCAAUAUUUUUUGUGGCGCGUCUCGGACGGCUGACCGCAAGACACCUCAACCGGCCUGAGUUUAGCGCUAUGGCCGGCGUUGGUGGCCUUCGCGGUUAGGCGCCAGAAUUAGAGCGCAUCACGCUGGGCUGUGUUUUACCCUUACGCUUGGUUUCAGUGUGUUUUGCCCCAGUGCCUCUCUGACAUUCUCCGCCCGGCCCUCUUUCUGGCGGCGGCGCUUUCGUUCUGCUUGGAGCCUCACGCGCCGUUUGAGUGCGGCGAGCCCCGAUGCGUUGACGGCCAGCCAAGGGUCUUGGAUUUGCAUCCGAGCAACCAUGAGGGCAAGUGCCGGCCUCCCGGGAAAUAGCCUCUGGGGGUCGUCCUUGGGGGUUCAAGAAUGGGGUAUCCGACAUUUUGCUCCGAUGCAUUUUUCUCCAUCGUGAUUCGCUUCAGAAAAAAACGCAUCGGAGCAGUUUUUGUCGAGGUUCUUGUUAGAUGUAUUGGACAACAUUGGAUCUCGUUGAAUCUGCUCUGAUGGAGACAGGGAUGCGUUUUUCGGAUCGAAGCCCUGGGCCUUGAGUGCCUUUGGACCGCUAACGAACCUGAAGAGGUCCAUCAGGGCAACUCACGCGAGCCUGGGGGCAUUGCUCUCAGCUUUGGUGACGAAAUCGAGGAAAACAAUUCCCAGAUCCCUGAUCCGGAAAACGCAUCCGUGUCUGCAUCCGAGCAAAAUGCAUCACCAGCAAACUUGCUCCGCUACGGUUUUCUUUUACGGAGGCACGGGUGUGCUUUUCGGAUCAGAGAUUCGAGCAAGCAAAGUAGCGAACUUGCUCUAGUGCCUUCUUUACUGCUUCGCUCUUUGUAAGACGGCUUGGUCUCUCUCCAAAUGCAUUAGAGCAACCUCGUGUCUGAUUACAGUGCGCGCGCCAAUGUCUUCAGUGCGGGUAGGUUUUUCGCACUGUGUGGACCUGAUGCGGAGAGGCGGGGAAUUGCAUCGGAGCAAACUUCCAAAAACCUGCUGCAACAACCCCUUCCGAGGCCUUUUUCGUGCUUAUCAGCCCAAGCAGGUCAAAUUGUCUUCGAGCUCCUACAUUUUGCGCAGAUGCUGGCGCGGAUGAAAAUUUUACACCUUUAAGGUACGACCUACGUUGGAUUUGGAAUCUUGGUUACCAAUACAAACAAGAAGUCGACUUCAUUCACCUGCUUGCGCCACUCUUUCUCGGUCUGCUGUAUGAAGUCGUUGUGGACACGCUCUGUUUGAGUGUGGAGCAGAACAUGUACUGUGUUCCGGUCGAUAAACAGUGGGAAAACUGGCCAAAAGGCUGGAACUGGAAAUGGAACAAUGCGACCCCGAAGUGCGAACUCCGUGGACUUGCCGGGGAGGAGGCGAGCCAGAAAAAGACGGAGUUGGACGAAGAAAAUAAAGGGUCUAUUGAAGAUAUUCCGGCGUCUGCAGAGGAAACGAGCCGGCGCUUGCUCUUUUUCUACGUCGCCAUUCUGAUUGGCUGCUACUUUCAUUUUAUGUACGCCUUUGACAUGACUGCUUCCAUCUACUUUGCGUGCGGAGGAUGGGCUGAGGUUCGCACGGAUUUUUUCUACUACAACGUUUGCGCAUCCACUCCGGAUUGUAUUGAUCUCAGAGACGGCUACAAAGUGCUCAACGAGUAUUGCGAAUAGUCACGACAGAUGGGUAGCGGUUGUAUUCGAGAUCCUCCGCACAUUUCGUUACAGUGUUUCACAUCCCGUCCCCCUCAGCUUAUUCAUUGAAAAUAAAAAAUUUCUAUUUCGAUUUCGAGGAAGCCUGGCUGUCUGCACUAGCUCUUGCCUAUAAUAACAGAAAAAGAAAAACCUUCACCUUGUUGCUCUUUGAGUUGCAAACGCAAUGUAAUUGAUGCCGUAAGCAAGGCAGACAACAGAUAAUUGCGUGGCCAUUCUGAUUUUGUUUGCCUCAUCUUUUUAUUCUAGGAGGUAAGCCUGCCAUGCCGCAUACUUUUUUUUUUGCUUCUACGAAUUACUCCACCACCAGUGUGUUACAUAAGAAAUAACCGCAUUAGUUUCACCAUGUCACUCUCAUUGUUAUGCUUUGUUUCAUUUUAAUGAAUUAGAUCAACAUGGAUACUAGAAGACCUUCUAGGAAGGUGAUCGACUUUGGUUUCGGUUUCCGAUCCGAAUUUUCUGCAUGAUGCCAUCGCGGUUCGCCGUCUGUAGGAUAGAAAAAACUACUCCGAAGUGUCGGAGCCACAAGCAAUUUGGCAACAGAACAGCACGGGACGGUAAGCG